GGUAUAUUAUUUGCCGGGAAAAAUUCAAAUAAUUUAGUGAUAUUUGUGGUGUGUUGCCCCGGGAUGAGCGGGAAUUUGAAAUUGUCAUGUAGAUCUAUAAAGGAAUACUUGAUGUCGAUGCUUUUUAUCACAGACAAGACUUAUUUCUUGGGCUUUCUGCAUUAUAAAUACCGUGGGUUGGUUGGUUGGUUGGUUGGGUGGUUCAACAGUUGGAAAUAAAAGUAAUCUGAUUCGAUGAUAAGACUUAUAAAUCUGUACUGUUUGUUAUUGAUGGCGUAUGUGGCGUAAUGGGGCCAGAAUCAAUGCAUUGGCCAACACGUCGUUCACGUUCAAGUACCAACUUGUUAUAACUCGCCUGUUCAAAUUUGCUCUAUGUAGGUACGGUCAAAUGUUGUAAGAAUACAAAGCGACUAGUUGCCGCACGACAGCUAACGUUAGUGUAGGUCCAGCCAAAUUCACCAACUCUUGCCACUAUUCUCUACGAUAUGUUUUUAUUCGUACCAGCGUUACAUUGACAUUCAUUUUUGUGUUAUUGUGUGUGUUGUUGAUUUUGAAAAAUUGAAUUGUUGAGAAGAAAAAAAAAACAUAAUUAUAAGACAGAUAACAAGAUCAAGGUUUUGAGAGCAUGACGAACAAGCAAACAUUGGUCUUAAAAUUGCGAAGGCAUCAGGGUCGGCCGUGGGGUUUCCGUAUAGCUGGCGGUACAGAUUUGGGAACUCCGAUCAUCGUCACUCACUCUGAAAACGACGAGUUGCAGAAGGGUGACGUGAUCAAGAAAAUUGAUGAAUAUGAUUCUCGCGAUGUGAGGCACGUGGACGCCCAAAAUUUACUACAAAAUUCAGAGUCUGUAAAACUAGUCGUUGAAAGGCCAAAGUUGUCACAACCAAAGUUUCUGCCAAAGAGUCCAGUACCACCGUUAAUUUCGGCCCGAGAGUAUAAAGCUUUCUCUCCUGAUCACUUCGAUCCACCUCGUGAACAUCUGGAAGAAGUGCGUGAGGAACGAUUCUAUUUGUCGCAGCCCUAUCGUACAACGCCUUUGGUCCUGCCGGGUGCUAAGGUCAAAAAAGAUGCUCCACUAGGCGAGUGUUAUCUUCGUCAUCAUCCGAAUCCAAUGAUAAGAGCUGCUCCUCACCAUUAUGAAGUGGCCAACCCCGAAGUGGCAAUGAAGCAAAAACAGGUGGCGGAAUCAGUUCUGCAGCGUGUGUUGGGUCCGAAUGAAGUUCCGAAGGUUGUCCAUAAGCAAUUCAAUUCACCGAUUGGGCUGUACUCUGAACAAAAUAUCGCAGACACUAUCAAGUGUCAGACCACAGCUAUCCCCAUUUUCAUAGACUUUUCCUUUGUGAAACAAAAACAAGAAAUUGAAGAGCAAGCAAGAUUAAUGAAGGAAAGAGCCCGAGAUGCCGCAUUCAAGAAUCCGUGGCCUCAAUUCAAUAAGCCGAAUUAGAAACAACCAAUGAAAUACUUAUAGAGUGCUAUUUUUGAGCGCUAUCACUCGUCUUCCAUUUUAUUUUCUUCUUUUUUCGCAAUUUUUAUUCAUUUUUUUUUCUUUUAUUCUUACAAUGUGGAUUGUUAAUGUAUGCAAUUUCAUGAUUUUUCCUUAAUUUCCGAGAGUUUUGCAUUCACUCAUGUUACAUAUUACUGUAAUAUCUAAUAUGAAUCAUUGUUAUUUUACAAUUUUAAGCUUACACAAAACAGACCGGAGAGUUUUUUCUGUGAGAGAAUAGAUUUGUGCAUGUACCACUCAAUUUCCUUGACCCUAGGCACUAUUAAUUAUUAUUAUUAUUAUCAUUGAUUUAAUUAUUAGUAAGAGUUUUUAAUAAUCUUCAUUCGGUUUUCGCAUGUAUAAUUGGUUUUUAUUUGCUCAAUUGCAUGACUACAGAAAAGAGAAGCCACGAAUAAUAAAAUGUAGAACGCAAGAUAAAUAAAUGAUAAACUAAUGAGUUUGUGGAAAAGAUUAAAAAAGGAAAACUUUG